AUGUCUUGUGGACCUUGCCACAUGAUCGCGCCGGUCUUUCGCAAGAUCUCCAAGGAGUUUGCUGGCAAAGCCUACUUCCGCAAGGUGGACGUGGCCCGGAACCAGCAGUUGGCGCACCAGCAGAACAUCCGAUCCAUGCCGACAUUUCAGUUCUGGAUGCGGGGAAAGAAGCGACAUCAGUUCUCCGGCGCAGACGAGUACUCGCUGAGAGAGUGGACGCAGAAGCUGAUCCAGGAGGCCUCUUUAAGUCGCGUGUUUGAGGUCCCACUAAAGAACACAAACUAG